UCUGUAACCUGCCUGCCCUCUCAAGUCUCGACCCGCGGUUGGCGCUGGAAAACAGACAGCACGAAACAGAGGAGCACUAGGUAGCUUCGCCCAGGAGAUCGUCGAUAUGUCGUCGGAGAUGGAGAUGGCUGGCGGCGGCGUCGAGGACGCGUACGGCGAGGACCGCGCCACCGAGGAGCAUCUCGUCACGCCGUGGGCCUUCUCCGUCGCCAGCGGCUACACCCUGCUCCGCGACCCGCGGCACAACAAGGGCCUGGCCUUCUCGGAGGCGGAGCGCAACGCGCACUACCUGCGCGGCCUGCUCCCGCCCGCGCUGGCGUCGCAGGAGCUCCAGGAGAAGAAGAUCAUGCACAACCUGCGCCAGUACACGGUGCCCCUGCAGCGCUACAUCGCCAUGAUGGACCUGCAGGAGCGCAACGAGCGUCUCUUCUACAAGCUCCUCAUCGACAACGUCGAGGAGCUGCUCCCCGUCGUCUACACGCCCACCGUCGGCGAGGCGUGCCAGAAGUACGGCAGCAUCUACAGGCGCCCGCAGGGGCUCUACAUCAGCCUCAAGGACAAGGGCAAGAUCCUUGAGGUGCUCAAGAACUGGCCGGAGAGGAGCAUCCAGGUCAUCGUCGUCACCGACGGCGAGCGCAUCCUGGGGCUCGGGGACCUGGGCUGCCAGGGGAUGGGGAUCCCCGUUGGCAAGCUGUCUCUCUACACCGCCCUCGGAGGCGUUCGCCCAUCCGCUUGCCUGCCGAUCACAAUCGAUGUUGGCACCAACAACGAGACCUUGCUCAACGACGAGUUCUACAUUGGCCUCCGCCAAAGACGUGCCACCGGCCAGGAAUACCACGAGCUUCUCGAAGAGUUCAUGACCGCCGUCAAGCAAAACUACGGCGAGAAAGUCCUAACCCAGUUCGAGGACUUUGCCAACCACAAUGCUUUUGACUUGCUUGCCAAGUACAGCAAGAGCCAUCUCGUGUUCAACGACGAUAUCCAGGGAACAGCCUCGGUGGUCCUCGCAGGUCUCUUGGCGGCGCUCAAGGUGGUCGGUGGCACUCUUGCUGACCACACCUACCUGUUCCUUGGUGCCGGCGAGGCUGGAACUGGUAUUGCUGACCUCAUUGCUCUUGAGAUGUCAAAACAUUCGGAGACUCCGAUCGACGAUUGCCGCAAGAAGAUCUGGCUUGUGGACUCCAAGGGCCUGAUCGUGGAGUCGCGCAAGGAGUCGCUGCAGCACUUCAAGCAGCCGUGGGCGCACGAUCACGAGCCCCUCAAGACCCUGCUGGAGGCCGUGGAGUCCAUCAAGCCGACGGUGCUGAUCGGCACCUCCGGCGUGGGCCGCACCUUCACCAAGGAGGUGGUGGAGGCCAUGGCGUCCUUCAACGAGAGGCCCGUCAUCUUCGCGCUGUCCAACCCGACGUCGCACUCGGAGUGCACGGCGGAGGAGGCUUACACCUGGUCCCAGGGCCGCGCCGUGUUCGCCAGCGGCAGCCCCUUCGACGCCGUCGAGCACGAAGGCAAGGUGUACGUGCCGGGGCAGUCCAACAACGCCUACAUAUUCCCUGGGUUCGGCCUCGGCGUGGUCAUCUCCGGCGCCAUCCGCGUCCACGACGACAUGCUGCUGGCGGCGUCGGAGGCGCUGGCGGAGCAGGUCACCGACGAGCACUUCGCCAAGGGGCUCAUCUUCCCGCCGUUCACCAACAUCCGCACCAUCUCGGCGCGCAUCGCCGCCAAGGUGGCCGAAAAGGCCUACGAGCUCGGCCUCGCCAGCCGCCUGCCGCGCCCCGACGACCUUGUCAAGUACGCCCAGAGCUGCAUGUACACCCCAACCUACCGCAGCUACCGGUAAAGCAUAGGUGAUGACCAUGGCCGGCUGGCGGCCGAGGAGGAAAGGGACGCCAUUUUUGCUGCUGGGCCGUCGUGUGAGUUGAGUCAAUAAAAGUUGAGCUGAAGCUUGUUGCUGCUGCUAGAGGAGUUUAUACCUUGUUUCGUACUGUAUUUUUGUGUAUCGUAUACGGGCCAUACGGCAUACCAGUAUACCACACCAUACAGGUCGUCAGUCAUUUUUUACUUUGUUAUUAGUGUGUCAAUCACUGGUGUGCGUACCUGAUCGAGGUGCUUUUCGUUCAUUCUUCUGACAAAUUUGUUGAGUCUUUAUACUACUUUAAACCAGUGUAAAUCAAGAGAAAGACACAUUUGAUUUGAUUGGUGCCAAAGUUCA